UACAAACAAAAAUAAGCCCGAUGACAUCACUAGAAACAUCCUCUGCUUUUGGUUUGGGUGUCAUACGCAAAACUUAACACACACACACACAACACUUUUGUUUGGGGUUAAUGGACACUGAUAUGAUGGAUUCAGAUGCUCCGAUGACAUCUCCGGCACCUUCGCCGGAGCUUCCACAUGCCUCCGGCCAACUUGAAGUUUCUAAAAGAUUGCUGAGUUUAGCUCGCCAACACUUUGAUCAGGGCAAGCCUUCUCAAGCUCUUCAAGCGGUGGUGGCGGCUUUGAGAGCGAUUGGAGGUGAAGCAGCUGCCAUUCAUGCUCUGAAUAGAGCAAAAGAGCUGUAUAAGGACAAGGUACACGAAGCUAAUGCUACUGAUGAGUUGGCUUCUUUGUUUGCCAAAUGUGCUAUUGCUGAAGCUUUGCCUAAAAUACAAGAGCCAACCCAAUUUUACAAUAACCAAUCCCCAGAACAAGAUGCUGUUGGAACAUCUAUAUUAGCAGAGACUGGAAGAAAGCAAGUCAUAAUGGACGCAUUCUCUGAUGGAACUAGCUUUGUUUGUUUGCAUUGUGGAGGUAUUGUUAGUAUUAAUCGCAAAGAUGAACACUAUGCUUUCUGGUGCGGUCAGAGGUAAAUUUUUUUACCACUGCACUUUAUAGUUUAAACUGUGAGUUGCCUACAUGGCUUGCUAUUUUGUUGUAGUUAUUAUCCAGUUUGGAAACCUCCUAGGGCAAAAGUCUGUGUUGAUUAUCCACAGUCCGGGAUCAUUGGAUAGCCUAGGUGAUAUAUUAUACAUGUGUCCUAAGUUAAUGUCUUGUAAAUUAGACUCGGAAAUUGAGAAAGAAUCUGACUGUUUGAUUGUA